GGAGGACGCCGGCUGCGCCGGGCCCAAAGCCGAGCGUCGGGCGCGGGCGCCCAGGGGUCCCGGCGCGGGGGCGGCGGGCACAAGCUGGGCCGGGCGCGCCGAGGACCCCGGGGCCCGGCCGUGCUGAGCGCCGGCGACCAUGGGCACCGUGGGCAGCCAGCGCCUCAAGGAGCCCAGCGUGGCGGGCACGCCGGACAGCAGUGUGGUGAUGAGCUUCAGCUCCGACAGCUGCCAGCUGGAGGAGGAGGGGGCGGCGGGGACGGCUCGGAGCCAGGCCGGCGCGGCCGGGGGUGUCCCGGGUCUCCCGGGCUCUGAGAUACUCCUACUCUGUUCCAAACCUGGUCUCCCCUUGGUCGUCAGGAUGAAUGGCCCGGCCAGGAUGGCAACCCUCUUCUCUGCUGUUGAUCCGGGAGGAGCCCCACGUGGCCGGUGCCCGUCUUGCUUCCUGGUCAAUGGGACCGUCGUGUCUCCGGCAGUCGAGGAGCCGGUGCCCGACGACCGCUACCACGCCAUCUACUUCGCGAUGCUGCUGGCCGGCGUGGGCUUCCUGCUCCCGUACAAUAGCUUCAUCACCGACGUGGACUACCUGCACCACAAGUACCCAGGGACCUCAAUCGUGUUUGACAUGAGCCUCACCUACAUCCUGGUGGCGCUGGUGGCUGUGCUUCUGAACAAUGUGCUGGUGGAGAGACUAAGCCUGCACACGAGGAUUACCGCGGGCUACCUCUUGGCCUUGGGCCCCCUCCUCUUUAUCAGCAUCUGUGACGUCUGGCUACAGCUCUUCUCUCAUGACCAAGCCUACGCCAUCAACCUGGCCGCCGUGGGCACCGUGGCCUUAGGCUGCACAGUGCAGCAAUCCAGCUUCUAUGGGUACACGGGGAUGCUGCCCAAGAGAUACACCCAGGGCGUGAUGACCGGAGAGAGCACAGCAGGUGUGAUGGUGUCCCUGAGCCGCAUCCUCACCAAGCUGCUGCUGCCAGACGAGCGGGCCAGUACGCUCAUCUUCUUCCUGGUGUCGGCGGGCCUGGAGCUGCUCUGCUUCCUGCUGCACCUGCUGGUCCGGCGCAGCCGUUUCGUGCUCUACCACACCGCGCGGCCCCGCGACAGCCGCCCGGGCUGCAGAGCCGGCUACCGCGUGCACCAUGACGUCGCCGCAGGGGACAUCCACUUUGAGCAUCAAGGCCCAGGCCUGGCCAGCAGCGGGUCCCCGAAGGACAGCCCGGCCCACGAGGUGAUCAGCAGCGGCAGGGGCUCCUACACGCGCUUUGACGUGCCCCAGCCCAGGGUGACGCGGAGCUGGCCCUCCUUCAGAGCCCUGCUGCUGCACCGCUACGCCGUGGCCCGUGCCAUCUGGGCCGACAUGCUGUCCAUUGCCGUGACCUACUUCAUCACGCUGUGCCUGUUCCCCGGCCUCGAGUCCGAGGUCCGCCACUGCGUCCUGGGCGAGUGGCUGCCGAUCCUCAUCAUGGCCGUGUUCAACCUGUCCGACUUCGUGGGCAAGAUCCUGGCAGCCCUGCCCAUGGACUGGCGGGGCACCCACCUGCUGGCCUGCUCCUGCCUGCGCGUGGUCUUCAUCCCCCUCUUCAUCCUGUGCGUCUACCCCAGCGGGGCGCCCGCCCUGCGCCACCCGGCCUGGCCCUGCGUCUUCUCUCUGCUCAUGGGCAUCAGCAACGGCUACUUUGGCAGCGUGCCCAUGAUCCUGGCGGCGGGCAAAGUGAGCCCUAAGCAGCGCGAGCUGGCAGGGAACACCAUGACCGUGUCCUACAUGACGGGGCUGACGCUGGGCUCCGCCGUGGCCUACUGCACCUACAGCCUCACCCGGGAUGCUCCCAGCAGCUGUUUCCACGCCUCUACCAACUCCUCCUUCCCCGCCGGCCCCUGAGCCAGGCCUGGGCCCCCCCAACCGAGGCCCGAGGCCCCCUCCCCACCCCUGCCUGCAGUGCCUGCGGGGCCCGGCCUCCUCCCCGUGCCAGCCACGCCCCCUUCUGGGCCCAGGGUGAUGCUGAGCCGUCGGCCCCCCAGGGCCACCCAGCACUGUGCUCCCCGUUCUGUCUCACGCCUGCCCUUCACCCUCUGUGUGCACCGGCCCCUGGGGUCACAGCCCUCUCCGGCCAGGAGAGCAGACCACCCCCACCCGUGGCCCCCGACCCCAGCCCUCCUUCACCGGGGAGCCCUCCUCAUGGACAUCAGAGGUCCUCAAGGAGAGAGCAUCUCCCCUCUCCCUGUUCCUAAACACUGGUUCUCCCAAACGAAACUCAUUUGCCAUGAAGGAACAGCAGCCAUGGGUCUGAAUGGCCUCAGACCAUGGUCUACAGUCGCCCCUCUACGACCAUGGCUUCUGCACUGGCCUGGGUGCCCCCUCCCCACACCGAGACCCCCUUCCUUGCACCUGGGCACCCACCUGACACCACAGGCCUGGGGGUCUGCCCCCACCCAGGGACCCCUGUCCACAUCUCUGGCUCCUCCGCCUGAUACAAGGGGACAUGUCCCAGUCAAAGUCAUCACUUGACUGAGACCUUGAUCCUCAUCCAGCGAGGCCUAAGGAGGGAUGGGAGUCCCUGCGAGGGAGGGAGGGGUGUGGGGUCCCUCCCCGGGCGGGACCCUCAAGCUGAGGGGAUUCUGGAGCAUCUUGCCAAAGACAGGCUUUUCCAGGGGGAGCCCACCCCGCCCCUCUGUGUCCUGUCCCCAUCUGUCCACUAAGUGUACCGCACUGGCCAUUAAAAGAUAAAGGCAGAGAUCUGCCAGCCGCUACCUCCAAGGAGCAUCUGUGCGCGUGGGGGCUGCGCUCGCCACCUCGCUCACUGGCGGCAGGGGAAGGGGUCCUGGCGGGACAGGGCCACCCACGUGGUUGGGAUCUCAGUGUUCUCAUCUGCAAAGGGGCCUUGUCCAUAUCCAGGCCUGAAGUUCCUAUUGGGUGGGCAGGGGUGAUGGUCCGGCAGCAGGAGGGUCUCCGUAGACGCGGUGGAGGUGAACAGCGGUGUGCGAGCUGGGCACUGGGGCGUGAAGGGCGCCUUGGUGCUCCUUUGGCCCUCAGGUCAGGGGAAAGGGCUGCGUCCCAUCCAUUUGAACCGGGAGAAAGACAAAGAGGGGGAGGGAGCUUGUCCCCUGCCCGCAGGGACGGAGCCAGGACCUGGGGCUGAGGCUUCUGGGCUCCGGUCCUGGCUGGGCUGCUGAUUGGUCUGAUAUGAACAACUUCCUGUACGGUUUGGUGCCUUAGUUUCCCCAAGGAGUGGUGUUGGUCCACUCUUCGACGUGGGUCCCUUGGAGAAGGGUCGGGGAGGAGGACUGGCCAUCAGAGGGGGCUGUGCCCCAGGCCUGCAGCUUCAGGGACCCACCCACCCCCCCGGGACCCACUGGGCAGGCGUCACCCCCAGACCCAGGUGGGCGCCCUGAGCAGCCAUGGGAGCCGAGACCUCGAGGCGAUACCAUAGGGGCCACCAGGUGGCGCCAGUGCACUGCUCCAGGUGGGAGUGCCGCCGUGUGUCCUAUGUCGUGUGUCUGAUACGGGAGGCCCAUCAGGGGCAGGUCGCUGGCGUGUUCCUGGUCAGUGAGAGCUAACCUCAGGGCGGGAGGGGGGUUGGCAGCACCAGGAGCAGGGCCCAGCCUCCCCCAACCUUGCAGGGGUGCAGCCCCACGUCCCCACACCUGCCCAGGACCACUCAGACCAUAGCACUGGCUUUGUUCUGUGGUCUCCAGAUGUGGGCGUGGCUGGGAGUGCUGAUUCUGCGCUUCCAGGGGGGUUGGGGGGGUACAGGAGGUGCAAACCCUCCAGCCUCGCACGGGCCAAGAACGCUUUCAGCACUGAUGGACAUGUCCCACACCUUGGCCACCCAAU